AUAUUUUCGUUCCAAAUAUUAAAGUCAUUCAACAUUUAUUGGACAGUUUUUCAGUUUUUAAAGAACCAUGAAAAAUAUGUAUCAACUGUAAAUUACGUUGCAAAUAGUUAUUGUAUCCGGAAAUAUUUUAAAGACGAUACAAAAAAACCUAAAUGACUUAAUGUAAUUAUAUACAUAAAGCAUACAGAAACAGUGAUGUAAAUAGAUUAUAAAUUGUAAAUAUUGAGAUAUACAAUCAAGAUAAGUCAUGCAUGAUUCUGAAGAAAUUCGAGAUCGCGCAAAAAGCGAUCGAAAUGAUAUCUUUUAAGCAUCUUUCGCGUUAGCUGUCAAAUAGACAGAUAUAACCUACAACGUGUGAAUUUGAAAAAUUUAUCGAAUCUAUAAAAAUGGACGUUGUAACAACAAGUCUCGAAGCUUUGAUACAAAGGGUAACGAAUCCGCAAAAUCAGAAACCCGAUAUAGCGGCGACUGAAGCAUUCUGUGUGAUGGUUACUAAAGAACCAGAAGGCAUUCAAAUUGGUGCUAAAUUGCUAGCACUGCACAUCCAGUCGUCUAAUGAGUUUGAAGCUCUUCAAGCCCUUAGUUUAUUGGAUACAUGUAUGAAAAGAUGCGGGCCAUCUUUUCAUGCUGAAAUUGGUAAAUUUCGUUUUUUAAACGAAAUGAUUCGUCUAGUUUCGCCAAAGUAUCUAGGUGGUAAGACACCAGUUUUGGUACGUCAGAAAGUAUUACAGUUGUUACACGUAUGGACAAAAGAAUAUCCUCGAGAAAUAAAAAUUAAAGAAGCUUAUGAAAUGUUAAAAAAGCAGGGUGUUAUUGAGGAUGAUACGAUAUUGUCAGCAAACGGUCAAGAAGAUGCGUUAAAAAUAUCGAAAGCUAAGAAUACAAUAUUCGACGACGAAGAAAAAUCUAAACUACUGCAAAAAUUACUUCAAAGUAAAAAUCCUGAUGAUUUACAGGCUGCAAACAGAUUAAUUAAAACUAUGGUGAAAGAGGAUGAAAGAAGGGUGCAACUAAAUUCACGUAGAAUAAUGGAAUUAGAAUCUGUUCACAAUAAUGCAAAGUUAUUAUCCGAAAUGUUAGACUCGUACAAUUGCAGUGAGACUAGUAAAGAAGAUCUUGAAUUAAUGAAAGAAUUGCAUCAAGCUUGCGAACGAUUAAAACCAAUUGUACUAAGAUUAGCGAACGAAACCCAUGAUAACGAAGGGAUGUUAGGUGAUGUGCUUGCCGCAAGUGACGAAUUAGAACAAGUAUUUGAGAAAUAUGCUGCAAUUAUUGUUCGCGGUGAAUGCGUCAAAUUUAAGACAGAUACCAACAUCAGUCCGUACUUAUUAGAUUUAUCUUCUCCAAUAGACAAUAUUUCUCAUGAAAGCGGUGGUACGAAUACAAAUUGCGAUGCUACCAGAAUAAAUAAUCAAUCAGAUAUGGAAGUCUUAGGAGAUAUCUUCAGUUCACUAGGAAAAUCUGAAAACCCAGAAAUCUCAUCGAUUUCUAAUCCAAACUUAUUAAUGACCGAUUCGAUUAUGCUGCCAAUCAACGUUUUGGUCACGAGUAAGAAAGACGAAUCGAUCAACAUCCCUGAAAAGAAAAUAGACAGUAAAGCUAGGGCAUUAGAAGAAUUGAACGAAUUGGGAGAAUCUUUGCUUAAACAAAGUUUAUCGGGCACGGCGUUAAACGUACGUUCAAAUUCAGGAAGUAUGCAAACUACAACUCGUACAUCAAAUACUGAACCUUCAACAAAACACGAUUCGAUAACUUUUUCACGCGGCAGUUCUUCGCGUUCGUCUGAUUUAUUGGAAUCUACAAAUGUAAAAAACAACAAAACGUCUAAUAUUCAUUUGGAAUCACUCAAUAAUCUAUUAUCUCAUGAUGUUGAAAAUUCUCCAAAUGUCAUUGAUUCUGACGUGAACGAAAAAAUUAAUACAAACGCAUCCAAUAAUCGAUUAAUCGCGUGGAACAGAGUUUCGGCAUCGUCGACAACAGAAAAUACAGUCAGUACAACAGAACCUGAGAUCAAAUCAUUAGCAGACAUUAAUAUUAAUCUUCAAGAUAUCAAACCAGGUAUUAAUCCACCUAUGACCGUAAUCGAAGAAAAGAACGGUAUAUCUGUCGUGCUUCAUUUUGCUCAAGAUAAUCCAAGACCAGACGUAUUUGUAAUAGUAAUUACAACAAUGAGCAAAAAUUCGAAACCACUUAGUAAUUAUUUAUUUCAAGCAGUGGUGCCAAAAAGAUGUAAAUGUAGACUUCAACCACCAUCUGGAACUGAAUUGCCCGGUCAUAAUCCAUUUCUUCCUCCAUCAGCAAUUACUCAGAUUAUGCUAAUUGCUAAUCCUAAUAAGUUCCUGUCGAUACAUUCCACAGUCUUGCUACGCCAUCGGAAGAGGCUAAAUUAAAAAAAGCACUUAAAUAAACUAUAUAUGGAAUAACGCGAGGUACACGAAAGUACGUUAUUAUUACCAGUAAAUAUAUAUUGAGAAU